AUGGCACCAAAAUUGGAACAAUUAGGCCCAUGUACUUCAAAUGGUAAUCAAAAUAAUGAAUGUACGGAUGAUACAUCAGCUGCACAAAUUUUGCCAGGUAUUUUAUACGAACCAAACAGUUUUCAUCACUAUAUACCAACACUUUAUCUUGGUAAGGGAGGUUUUGCGCGUUGUUAUGCAGCAAAGGAUUCAUCAACUAAGAUGGAAGUAGCACUAAAAAUUGUUCCGAAAAGUCGUCUCACUAAGCAUUCAAAACUGGAAAAGAUGCGCAAAGAGAUAGUAAUCCAUAAGUCAUUGAACCAUCCAAAUGUGGUCAAAUUUUUGAGUUUUUUCGAAGAUAACAUCAACGUCUAUAUGGUGCUUGAACUUUGUCACAACGGAACUCUCCUUUGUCGCAUUCAAAAUGCACCUGGAGGGCAAUUGAGGGAUAACAGUGCCCGAUCGUAUUUAUUGCAAAUUGUUGACGCUGUCACAUAUUUACAUGAAGAAAUUGGCAUUUUACAUCGUGAUCUGAAGCCUGGCAAUAUUCUCCUUUGCAGUAAUGAUCAGGUCAAAUUGGCAGAUUUUGGUUUGGCAUUGAAAUUAGAUGAUUUACCUUAUUCCUCGAUGAAUGUUUGCGGGACACCAAAUUAUCUUUCACCUCAGGUACUUAAACAAGAAGGCCAUUCAAAAGAAUCAGAAGCGUGGUCCAUUGGUUGUAUACUGUAUUGCAUGUUGGUCGGUAAACCGCCAUUUGAGGCUGAUACAUUAGAAAAAACUUAUGUCAAAAUAGCAUCCGGCGACUAUUCUUUUCCGCUUAAACCGAAAAUUUGCAUUUGUGCCGAAGAUCUCAUUUCGAAGUUGCUUACGUUAGAUGCAAUGGCUCGAAUGAAAGUAACUGCUAUCAAAUCUCAUCCAUACUUUGGCAACAGAGAUAUUGCGGGAAAAAAUGAACCAUACUCAGCAAAAACGAAAGAGAAUAACAUAUUUCAAUUGUCUAAGAAAAAUUUUAAUCAAGGAUUUGGAGGAGGUUGCAGCAUUGGUGAUUCUGGAAUUGGCUCCGAAGGAUGCUUAAAUGCUCGGUCACCACGAUCGGUUUCUGAUUGUAAAGUUUUGUACAAGCAAUUGCUACUUGGCUAUUACACUGUAUCCGAUGAAGUGUCUCAUUUGCUAGAUUUUCAAUUGAAUAUGGUAAGCAAAUGGAUGGAUUAUACUAAUAAAUACGGUUUUAGUUGUACUCUCAGCGAUGGUACUUAUUGUACUCUUUUUAUCGAUAAUUCUUCUCUUUCACGCAGGCGUGCUGCAGAAAAUGAAGCUGGGCGUUAUUUGAUGAUAAGUGAUACAGGUCAGGAUCCUUGGUCUUUUUUUGAAUGGACUACUUUGCAUACUAUCAAUAAUGAACGACUGAAAAAAAAAAUCCGUAUUGUGGAACUUUUUAGUGAUUAUAUGGAUAAGGAGCUUCAGCCAGUAUAUGAACAUAGCAAUAUUCGGCAACAGUUAGAUGCUUUAGUUUAUCAAAAACGACAUGGUGGAGUGCUAGUGAUGUUUCUUGCUUUAGGAACAAUUCAGAUUAAUUUUUUGGAAUCACAUGAAAAACUAGUCAUUAAUCGAGAUGAGCAUGGCCGUUUAUUGCUUACGGUGAUCGAACAAUGUGUUGAUUUUCAUACAUAUCAGCUGCUUCCUUACGCCUCAACAUCAAAUCGCACAAACUGUCAAAAAGUUCAGCAACUGCUUAAUAAAGCUUUUCGACUUUUGGAAGGCGAGAAAGCAUUGUUGCAAGGAUCUUACUGUGCUACCCAGUGUUAG